UCAGCUGAUGGUGAGGUGGUGCUGUUUGCGGACCGCGUGUUGCCGUAUGAGGGGCGGCAACUGCAGCUGCAUGAGCAGAUGGAUUGGGAGGAAGGCCAUGGGGAUGCUCAUGAGACCGGGCUGCACACAUCACACAGCACACGGGACAGCAGGAGAUAUCCAUCAGAGUAUAAAUGCCUUUGUGCGUGUGCUGGCUCACAGGUGCAUUCUCCCAGAAGAGUCUUUCCCUCUCUGCCCGUCGCUGCCGCUCCUCAUCGCUCUCAACACCACUACCGCCGUCACCAGGACGAGACCUCUUGACCUGCACCCACGCCCCCAACACACACACACAGAGCAAACACCCGUCUGGUGAAAUGUGCCAUCCAUCGCAGGCGGUGAUGUGCCUCACCUGUCUAUCUCUCUCCUCCAUUGCUGCCAUGAACUCUAGGGCCUUCUCUGAGGCCGCUAACUGGCCGAUGCUCACGGCUCUAUGACGUCCCUCCCUGACACACGAACACGCACAGCACAAUGUCAUGAGGGCGGCACCGAUGGCGAAUUCUCCUUCUCCUGCCCUGGCGUACCUCAGGACGGACAGACGCGAGGAUACUUGACAGUCAACUGUCAGAUCCGAUGUGAGUGAAGAGAAUAUCAUAUCCGUCACUGAGCCACACACACGGCCAUGAA